AUGGAGCCUAUCCAAGAGGUCGAGACUGGCGCUCCAGCCUCGAGGCCCGUCUUUAAUAGAGUCCAUUACGACCUCAGUCUCGACACAAACGCUCCGGCCUCUCCUCCUCAGGCCGACGUGCGGCGACUCUCGCGCUCCGACACGGCUGUCCACCGCGAGCCGUUUUCGCCUCUGCGACGCCGACGAAGCACCCGUGUCGCAACCUUUAGAACGAUUGAGGACACCGACGACUUCGACUUCGAUGCCACGUACACGGAGCGGCCAGGCUGGCAGCCGGGAUCAGAGCCUGGGUUCGAUCCGAACCUGCCAGACGGCGGCCAUGCCUCGAUGCCGACGCUGAGCGCGCCGUGCGAGAUUACCGUGGUGGACUUUUCCAAGGACAGGAUGGUCAAGAAGCACUUUGACAAUGACAACUUUGUGUCGUUUCUGACGGAGCCCAAGGAGGCGUGGGCAAAGUGUCGGUGGAUCAACAUCAAUGGGCUCAGCUGGGAUGUGAUUCAGGCGGUUGGCGCGCACAAGGGGCUGCACAAGCUUGCGCUGGAGGAUAUCAUGAAUAUUAGGAACAGGACCAAGGCCGAUUGGUAUCCGAGCCAUGCCUUUAUCGUCAUGACGCUGCAGAAGCUGGUCCAUCUCGUUGACGAGGAUGACGCCUCAUCUGAUACGAGCAGUCUCCUUUCGUCACGGUCUUCGUCGAAGCUCAAGAACCUGUUUCGCGGCUUUGGACGCAGCAAGGACAAAGCUGCUGGUUCCAACACUUCAUCGGUGGAUCCGGAGAAGCGCACCGUCACAAAGUGCAUGACGGAGCUGUCUGAAACACCGGAGCUGCAUGAGACGUCCAUGAUUCGCUCGCUGCAGCGGUAUCAUGCCUCGGGCAACGAGAUUCGCACCGAGUACAUGGAGGCGAAUUCGAUUCUUGCGCCGCUCAACCUGGCUGUUGCGGCGGAGCAAGUGUCCAUCUUCCUGACGGCCGACAACACCGUCAUAUCCUUCUUCGAGGUCUCUGCCGGAGAUAUCGAGAGGCCUAUUGUCACACGUUUGAGCAACCCGGGCACGGUCCUGCGCGAGUCUUGCGAUGCCUCGCUGCUGGUCCAAGCCAUCAUUGACGCCAUUAUCGAUCUGGCCAUUCCCCUGACGGCCGUCUACAACGACGUGCUCGGCGACCUGGAGUUGGACGUGCUCACCUCGCCCAGCAUCAAGCAGUGCAAGAACCUGUACAUCUGCAUCAGCGAGAUCAACAAGAUGCUGCGCUUCCUCAACCCCAUCGACAACCUGGUCAACGUGCUCCGCGACCACCGCACCUCGCUCACCCACGAGCAGGCCAUCGCCGAGCUCGAGAACCCGGCCAGCGGCGUCAUCGUCACGCCCAUGACGCACACGUACCUGGGCGACGUGCUCGACCACUGCAUCAUCAUCACCGAGGCGCUCGAGCAGUGCAAGCAGUCGAGCGAGAACCUCAUCAACCUCAUCUUCAACACCAUCGCGGCCAACCAGAACGAGAGCAUGAAGCAGCUGACGACGGUGACGAUUAUCUUUUUGCCGCUGACGUUUAUUACGGGGUUCUUUGGGCAGAACUUCCCGUCGGAGGGGUUUCCGGAGAUUAAUAACGGGAUAUGGUACUUCUGGGCUUGUGCUGUUCCAACGGCUUUUGCGACGGUCCUGAUUCUCAUGCGCGAAAUGAUUUAUUCGUGGUUCGUGCGUGUCAUUCAGAGGAAGCGUGUGCUAAACAACCGCAAGAAGAACAAGGCGAAGAGGAAGAUGCGGUGA